AUGCACGUGCUAUCGCUAAUAAAGGUUUGCUGUUAAAAAUGUUCAGGCUUUCCUAAAAAUGCAUUUAGUCUGUAAAAAUAUGAUAUGUUUCUGAAAAGCUAUAGGAAUCAAAUAAAUUCCAAAGUAACAUCAUUCCAAUCAUAGAAAUUAAUUUUAUGCACUGCCAUUCAUAAUAACUCUUACUCAAAAUUAUUUUUAUUAAAGGAAAAUAUUUUUCGAAAUCCAGAAUUAAGACUAGCCUAUAUGGCCCUGUCUCAGGAUCAAGACACGAUGUGAAUGCAUGUGUGCGAUUUCUUACGCAUUCAAGAAAAUGGUUGACAUCAUCAUUUCUUGAUGCAAUAGUUCAAAUAGCACAUGGGCGAAAUCACUGUUUCACAGCUAUAUGUGUUGAUGAAACCCUGGCUAUAUGUAAAAAUCAGGGGCAUCGAUCCGUCUACACAGGCAAGGUUCCAGUUCGACAUUAAUACUACACAAGCUCUUCAAUGUCGAUCAUGACAAACUAAACUAACAUCAGCCAUGCCUUCAUACCUCCCAUCCAUGGUUACCCUCACUGCUGGAGCCUUUGUCCUGAUUUCUGUCUAUUUAUACAGGAGAAAAUACAGGGAGAGGACUACACCUUCGACUUCAACAAAGGAUACACUGGAAGGAGAUGUCUACCAGCCUGUUACAGUUAUCGAGAACUAUGAUAUAUUUGUCAUUGAUUCAUCAAGCGAACAUCGCUUGGCUGUAGAGAGCUUUGCAGAAGCUGCUAAACUUUUGAAGGUUAUUGGUCUUGACUGCGAAUGGGUGACCAAAGACGGUCAAAGACAACCUGUUGCUCUCCUGCAGAUCUCUUCCCCUGUAAAUCAAUCUUGCCUUCUGUUUCGUCUUGACCAGCUUGGUGGAAAACUCCCCGAGAGUAUCGGCAAGAUCCUCGAAGAUCGCAACACAUUAAAGGUUGGUGUAGGAGUAAUUGAUGAUGCCAAACGCCUUCUCACCGAUUACCAGAUCAUCACCCAUGGAUGCCUUGACCUACGCCACCUUGCACUCCGACAUCUUGCUCGGACCUUGAGAGGGCGCUCUCUGAGUUUACGGGAACUAGCCAGCAUUGUCCUCCAGCAUGAAAUGUCAAAGAACGACAGGGUGCGGUGUGGCAAUUGGGAAGCAGUGCCAUUGUCCAAAGAACAAAUCAAUUAUGCUGCUGAAGAUGCAGUCAUUGGGGCAGCCAUAUUCUUAAAGAUUGUUGCCUAUAAGAUGAAAUUAAAACACUUUGAAUCAUUCUUUCAACUAGAAAUAUGGAAGAGCAUUUCUUCCAUGUGCCAGGGCAUCGUUGACAUGUACCCUGACAUGAAGCAGCUUACCAACACAAACUCAUCUUCAAAGAAACCAGAAAAACAUUCAAAAGGAGUUUGCAUUAAAUCCAAAGAGCGCCCUCUAAGUAGAGCCUACAAGACAAGGAAGUCUGUGAUGUACCACAACUGCCGUCUCCUAGCCCCAGACGACACCCUCCUCUGCACAUGUGACAAGAGAAAAGCGUUAUGGUACGUCAGCAAGGAGAUUGGGGAGAUCAUCUGUGAGGAACCCUUGACAGUGCGGCUCUUGUUUGAGCCUUCGGGGGUCCCUGGUCCAGAUCGAGAGUACUACCAGAUAGAGAAGAAGAACAUGUGUGUGGUGUGUGGCUGGGAGGACUCUUACAUUAAGAAGCAUGUAGUCCCACAUGAAUACAGAAGACACUUCCCACAAUACCUCAAGAUGCAUUCAUCUCAUGAUGUCCUGCUGCUAUGUCUGAAAUGUCAUCAGAGGAGCGGAGCACAUGACAACAUCCUGCGGCAGGAAAUCUCCAUCCAAUACAACGCUCCCCUUAGCAACAGGACCAAUGCCAAACGUCUGGAAGAUCCUCAAAGGGUACAACUCCGCUCCGUCGCAAGAGCUCUAAUCCGCCACAAGAAUGCGAACAACCUUCCGGAGCAGCGAGUACAGGAGCUGACAGACCAUCUUCGGGAGUUCUUUGGAGUCGACGAGAUAGACGAUAGCCUCCUUCAGAAGGGAGUGUCCAUCGAAACUAAAGUGACGAAUGAGAACUACUUAGGGUCACAUGGCCUGAAGGUUGUGGAGGAAUUGAUGAAAAAGGAAGAUGGUUUGACGAAGUUUGAGAAGCUCUGGAGACAGAAUUUCCUGGACACAAUGGAGCCUCAGUAUCUCCCAGAGCUAUGGUCUGUGGAUCAUUUGCAUGAAGCAUCUGUUUGCAAGAAGUGAGGGCAUUUAAUAGAUAUAUAUCAAUUAUCUGUCAUUAUUUAUUUUCUUUUGGAUGAUAAACCAAGGGAUUUUUUUAUGAUCAAGACUCAAAGCACUUGGCUUGAGAAGUUUGUGCAAUGUUUUCUUGCAGCACAAGUCAUUCCAAAAAUUUGGAUAUAUGUGAACAGUACUAUCCACUCUAGAUAAAAUGGUAGCCAGGGGAGUGUUUCAUCAACAUUUUUGUCCGACAAGUUGUCAGAUCUGACAACUUUCCUUGAUUCUGAUUGGCUGAGAGGGACUGUUACUAUGGUAACCGUCGGAUAAAACAGGACUUGUCGGAUAAAACGUCCGACAAGUCUUUUCAUGAAACGCUCCCCUGGAAUGUGGUUUUGUUUCCAGGAUUUCUUUAUUCUUUCAAUGUAUUUUAUCUUUAUUUAAUCAUGUGCAGAAGAAAAAUGUGUAUACCACAAGUUUGUUUUAUUAGGAAAGAAGUAGACUCCAUGACAUUUGCUUUUGAAUUUUUAUUUUCACUUUCACUGUGCGGAAAAUUCGCACAGAAGCGGGAAACUCUAAAAUCUAAAACUAACCAAACUAUACCUAUUCUUGAUUUAUUCUAUACUAAAAAUGCUCUUGGCCUGGGGCUGUUUCAUAAAGUUGUUUUAAUUUAUGCAUAAUUUGUGACCCAUUCUUUUGUGCCAAUCUCUUUGAUUCUCAACUAAGAUUGAAAUACAAUCUUUGCAUUAUUAAGAUUCUUGUAUUAGCAAGUGUCUGAAUGCUAAGUUUAUAAUUGGAUAUCCCAUUUUAGCACAAGAACAGGGCCGGGGUUCAAUUCAAUAUUUAAGCCAGAAUUUUAGGUAUUUUACUCAGUAUUUUGCUUAAGUAAAAUACUUAUCUAUCUUUGGGUUUCAAUUUUAUGGCUAAUUAUUUUGCUUAAAUCUUAAGUCAGAUGCCUAACAGGCAUAAGAGUGGUGUGCAUGCAGUUUACAAGUGUACAAACGUACAGUCAUACGUACUGCCCACAGAUGGAAUACAUAUUGUGCAUUAUUCGGCUUCUACUUUAUGACGCCAUAAUGGUAUUUAGUAAGUAUUUUACUUAAAUUUGGCUUGAUAGAGUAAAAAAAAUUGAUGUGAUCUGAAUAUGAAAUUAAGCAUUUUACUUAGCCAAGUGAAAUGCUAAGUAAAAAUACUUACAAAAUCAUUAAUUUCAAUUGCAUAGCAGGAGGCAUAACUUAUAAAGAGCUUUUAAAACGGCCCCCAGAAUUCUAACUUGUUAUCGUUAGAGAUAUUAUUUACCCUGGUAGUUAUGACCAAGUGUUACAGGCACCAAAGGAUAAUAUAUAUAUUUAAUUUCAUCCUCUGGCAUUAUUGUCUUACCAUAGAAUAUGAAUUUCUUCAGUUACCUUACAACUUGAUCAUUUAAACUGCUAGUCUAUCAAGAUUAAUGUUAUGUAAAAUGUAUGGAGAGAUUUACUGCAGUAUAUUUGGUAUUCCUCUAUUCAUCUGUUAAACAUACGUUGGGUAUGAGAAACAAAUGCAUUUUUAGUUGUCUCAGGAAUCUUUAUGUAGAUGAUCAUUACAUUCAGAUAUAAUGAGAUGAUCGCAUCAUCAUAUAUAAAAUGUGUCUGCUUUUUUUAACAAAUAAUUUUGUAUUUUAUACAGAUGACAGAUCAUGUAUCUCUUUGUAAUGAAGAAUAAAGGUUUAAGACUGAAAAAAAGAUUAUAUGUUCCAUUUCCAUUUGUAACAAAAGCCUAAUUUUUAGAGAAAGAGUGCUUUCUACAUACUUGAAAAAUUGUUAAGGAUAUUUGAAGAAAAUGAAUUACAAGGACAUUGAUAUUUGCAAGAAAGUUUGCCCCAAAGUGUAGAUAAAGGGCUGUUUGUAGGAAGCAGGGAGGAAUGACCUUCCCCUGGUUAUCUGUGACUGCACUUCCAUUGACACAUUUAAACGCGUCUGUUCAUUACUUCCUAUUUUUAAUUGGUCCUUAAUUUAUCUCUGUAUUUGUACUGUUCUCUCUCUCUCUCUCUCUUUUACUGCGCCUUGGGCACUCUGCAGAGUGGAUUUGGCGCAUUACAAGUCACAUUUAUUAUUAUUAUUAGGAAGGAGUACUCCAUUGAUGUCGAUUUCAAGGGGGUAUGGAGGGCACCUGGGGAAGCAAGGUGCCAAUUUCAGGGACGCUUGAAAAAAAAUCAAGUAUAUUCUUUCAAAUCUUGGCAUUAAAUCCAACCCAAAAAUAAAAAAAGCCACUCAUAUAAAAGUUUGGAAGAGGGUGUUAUUUCAACGGUCAGCACUUAAUGUUAGAUGAAAAAUUAUAGAUUGGGGGAGAUAUGAGAGAGGCAGAUAUAGAGGGGAGAGAGACACUGAUACUCUAGAAUGAAUAAAAAAGAUACGUAAAUUGGGGAGUAAUAAAGAAGGAAAGGGAAAAGGUGAAAAACUAGAUAGAGGGCAAAAUAAAGCGAAAAAUCAUGGUAAAAAGGAAGGUUACUAUUGCGCUCCCCAGUACCCCCCCCA